GAUGGAUCAGUUCAACCCAAGUCUACAGAAGCUAGUGUCUUUGGGAAACAGCUACAUGCAGGCUUUCCAAGCCCUUGCUGUAACCAGUGAUGCUUACUUCAGCACCCUUGCUAAGAUAGGGGAGCAGGCCUUGCACACCAUGUCGUCUCGCUCUAUUGGAGAUGUCCUGAUUCAGAUUUCAGAGAACCAGAGGCGACUCACCACUGAACUGGAAGGAAUAUUCCGCUGGUUCCACACUGAGGUGCUGCAGGAGAUGGACAACAAUGUCAAACUGGAUAAGGACUACAUAGCAGUCAGCAGGAGGCGAUAUGAGAUGGAGAUACGGAGCCAGGCCACAUCUUUGGAGAGGCAGCUGAGGAGAGGGCCUCACCAGGAUGAGUACAUUCACUUCCUGAGGGAGAGUCAGCGCGAGGCUCUGAUGGAGGAAGAGAGGAGAUACCGUUUCCUGGCUGAGAAACACUGUGGUCUCACUCAGUCCCUCAUUUAUCUCAUGAACAAGACAGGGGCAGGGGGAGGCCUUCAGCAGAUAGCUGAUGGAUGGAGGGACCAGGUCAACGCCACCAGAGGACUUGGAUCCCGGAAUCCCUCUCGCCUGGGCCAGGACAACACGUCCAGAAUGAGGGAGGAGGACAGGGGGAGCCAAUGGUCAGGCAAAGAGGAGCAGCCUCUGGGAAGAGUGCCCUCCAGAGCCCCCUCACCCCAGAACAUCCGUUCCCGGUCCAGUUCAUUUGGGGAGUCCCUAGGUCUGGGUGGAGGUGGAGGAGGGAGACUUAUGAGAGCUCUGGUGUCCCACCCCGCUAACUCCAACAGCCCCACCCUGCUGCCCUUCUCCCGGGGGGAGGUGGUGAGCGUGCUGGUGCAGGAACCCCGUAACGGCUGGUUCUACGGCCGGGCUGAGAACAGCUCACGUCAGGGCUGGUUCCCAGCUGCCUUUGUGGGGUCACUGGAGGAGGCCCCUAGAUCAACUGGCUCCAGCUCCACUCUUAGGAGUUUCCACAGUAUGGACAACCUGCUGGACCAAUCAGGAGGCAGCAACCACGGCAGACCCCCGCCCCCGCCCCCGCCUCCACCCAAUAGACAGACAGAGAUGCGUCCAAUCACACCCAGCAUGGAGAGAAGGGCGGAGUCUCACUCUGACAACAAGAGAGGAGAGCGCCAUGGUGGACCUAUGCCAAACCUCUUCCCAAAAGGCACUAACCCUUUCGCCACUGUCAAGCUGAAGCCCACGUCCACCGAUGACAGAUCUGCUCCACGGCUCCGUCGGUGAAGAGGUCACGCCCUUGGGAGGUACUGGGCACGUUCCAGGUCGACUACAUUUCAGUUGUUACACUGCAUCAACAAAUGGCUUCAUGCCACUUUAUCGACUGUGCAGUCGACUGCUAUAUCAUAUGAUUCACUGAUCUGUUAAAUAAAUACCUAUCCAGGCGUUGUGAGAUCUGGCAGGUGUCUGAAAUGUAGUCAGACUAAAACGUGUCCACUACCAUGCAGCGGGGGUUUUAGGGUUGAUGCCCUAAAACUGACCAAAAUCUUCCCAAACUGUUGAAAACUGUCUUAAAACUGCCCCAAACAUUCCCUAAGCACCCCCUAAUACCAAUCCUGUACAGUUAUUUAAAUAUAUUAUGGAGUUUAUCGGAUGACUACAGUGAUAAAAGAAGUUCAGGGGGCAAUGUAAGAUGCCAGAAACAGAUGCUUGGUACACUGAUUGACCUGGCAAGUGCAUUAAUCAUUUUUAUUUCAUUAGUGAGACAAAUCUUUGUGGGCGCUCAUUUAUGCACAUUUCUUCAGAAUCAGGGAUAUUUAGUGACUUCAUAUACAUGUCAGGUACAGGAAAUAUCAGGUAUCAGGUACAGGUAGAAGUAGUUGUGUUUAUCAAAGCCUUUUGCAUUGUUCUUCAAGUAGCACUUUUGUUUAGUUUUGCUUGUACAGUAACAAUAUGCCAAUUUAAACCAAUACUUCACUUUGAUUCGAAACUACAGUGAACCACAGUGAGGUAAUCUUUCUCUUAGGAAUGCCAUGUAGAUAGAUUGUUAUGACAAGUGAGUUUGAGCUACUAACUUAACCGUGCUGUUUUGUCCAGUGCCUUUAGUAAAUGUUCUAUAAGAUUUGUAUGUGUUUGUUUGCUCAUGCAGGCAUUAGGGUGGCCUACUACUAUAGUGAAGAACCCGAGGGUUGUCAAUUCUAAUCCACCAAUGGGGAUACUUAACCUAAAUUAGCCUUAGAGUGUACUCAGCUAUGUAAAUAGCUGACAUGUGAGAGUGUUGCGCUAAUGUAAUAGCUCUAAAUAAACAAUGACUUUUGACUUUACUGCUAGAAAAAAAAUGGCAGCUGCUUUUCACAUUGUUUCAAAUUCCUUUAAUCAGACAGAAAUACAUCCUCUGAUUCUGACGUUUUUUAGUUGCUGUUGCUGUCGAUAUUUUACACAUUUAUUUUCUAGUUAUUGAGGGCCAAUCGGUAGUGCUAAGCAAUUGUGUUUUGUUUUUUUUGGGGGGGGGGUUGAACAACCAAUUGACCGACGUCGGUUCAGUUAUUUGAGUCCAAUGCGCCGUUUCUGUAGAGAGAAAUCAAAUAAUUCACGAGAGAAAUCAAUUCAAGAACUAUGUGCGACGCUUGGCUGUAGUAUCAAGCCAAUAAUUAAACCUAGUUCAGUGCAGAAACGUGGUAAUUAACUACAAUGACCAUAAUCUAUUGCGCCUGUACUUUCCGGCUUGGCUGUUAGGUUAGAUACACACAGACCAAAUAGACCACAUGAGAGGAAUGUACACAACACAGCGAUGCGAGGGACAGAGAUAGUUUGUGAAUGUAUGCCUUAUCUCCUUUGAAGAACUAGUCAAAUGAUUUAGUCAGACUGCUCUGCAGCAUUAUUAGACAGGCUAGUCUAGCUAAAUAGGAUGACUAAAGACAGUACAGUACGGGGAGCAGAGAGAUAACGUUAGAUGGUCUGGCUGGCUGCUACUGCCUGAGCAGAGAUGAUAUGAUGACUUUAAGGAAUGAAAAAUAAUAAAGUCAUCAGAUAAAAACGAAGUAAUAUACACAACUGAAAUAUUUAUUAUUAUCAUAGUAAUUUUCUAUUUUGUCUACCCAAUGUUGACCUGACAGAGACAAUGGAAUAUUUGUAAUGUUUUGGCAAUUUCAUUUUCACUAUUUUUGGCUUUGAAAUGUCCAUUAAAAAGCUUUAAAUCAUUUUCAUUGUUUUAUUUUGAAAUGCAUUUAAUGUGUACCCCUUUCCUGUAGUCAAAUGACCAAAUUGCCCUCUAGUGGCCUCAUGGGUGGAAUGUUAUUAAUAGUUUUCAUAAUUUCCCAAUUAAUAAACAUACUUUAUUUUAAAGCCGCCGAAAAUCUAUGUCAAACGGUUUUGCUACAUUUCCGUCUUCUGUAGUGUAUAUAAAGUGUAAUAUUGGGAUGGAAACUCAAAAUGGAAUACAUU